AUUAUAAAUUUUAAUAUGAAAAAUAAAAAAAGUAAAACAAAAGUAACAGAAAUGAAUAAAGAAACGGAGAAUUUAGAAAAUAUAGAUAUAAAUGAUAUCACAAAUUCUGAAGAAGAAUAUUCUGAAAAUGAACGCAAUUUACUUAGAAAAAUACGAGAAAGACAAUCUUCAGAAAGUUAUGAUAGUGAUUAUGAAGUAUAUGGAUUACACGAAGAAAAUGAACAAGAUCAAGAUAAUACUGAAAAUGAAAUACAGACAGAUUCUAUGGAAUCUGAUAUUGAAGGAUUACGAGAAGAUUUUGAUCUGCCAAAUGAAAAAGCUUGGGGAAAAAAGAAAAAAGAUUAUUAUUCUACAGAUUAUGUAGAUCCUGAUUAUGCCACUGCCAAUCAAAAAGAUUUAAUUGAAGCAGAAAUGGAAGAAGAAGAGGCUAGAAAUAUUCAAAAAAGAUUGGCAGAACAAUUGGAUGAUGUUGAUUUUGGAUUAGAUAUUAUACAGACAACAAAAAAUGAUAAUCAAAAAAUAUACGAGAAUGCAGAACAAUUUAUAAAAUCUGAUCUCAGUAAACUUAGUAAAAGACAAAAACAAGCAAUAAUACAAAAAGAAAGUCCUGAAUUUGUGGUUCUUGUAAAUGAUUUUAAAGAUUACUUAACUGAGGCAAAAGAUUUAUUAGCACCAUUUUUAAAAUUAAUUAAAAAUGGUGUAAUGCCUAAUUGCUCUGCUGUUUCUUUCAUAAGGAUAAAAUAUCAUCUUUUGUUAAAUUAUUGUAUCAAUAUAUCUUUCUACUUGAUGCUUAAAGCAAAAAGAUUACCUGUUAGUACUCAUCCAGUUAUAAAACGUUUAGCUCAAUAUCGUCAAUUAUUAAAUCAACUUGAAUCUGAGCAAGGAAAUUUAAUUCAAGAAAUACAGGACAUAUUAAAAACUAAAGAAGAAAAAAUAUUAUAUAACAUAUUGGAUAACAAUAAAAUGAGCAUCAAUGAACAAAAAAUAAAUCAUUUCAAUGAAAAAACAAAUCAUAUAGAAAAAUCUGUAAAUGAAGAUACAAAUAUAUAUUCGUUAGAAUCUGAAUCUGAUUUUGAAAUAGAAAAUAAACAUACAAAUGAAAAAAUAGAUUUACAGAAUAGAGAAGAAAAUAAAAUAGAAAAUAUUGAUACAAUAAUUGAUGAUGAAGGAAAAAGAGCAAUUACAUAUCAAAUAGCAAAAAAUAAAGGUUUAAUGCCACAUCGGAAAAAAGAACAACGUAAUCCUAGAGUAAAACACAGAAAUAAAUAUCGUAAGGCCAAAAUUCGUAGAAAAGGAGCGAUAAGAGAAGUGAGAAAAGAAGUUACUCGUUAUGCUGGAGAAAUAUCGGGUAUUAAAGCUAGUGUAAAGAAAAGUAUAAAAUUGAAAUAAAAAAUAAAUUGUAUUAAAAUUGUAUUUUAUAUUAAAAAUUGUAGAAUUA